GUGAGUAGAGUUUAAGGAGCCAGAAGCUGGCUAUCUAGAAGCCACACCCGCAGAGGCCUUCCCCCCUCUCCGCAAUUUCUGUUGCAUUUGGUUCCGCCGAGACCCACGACGGUUCCGCCCCCUUCUUCCUUGUCAUUGAUGUUGUUGUUCUUGUCAGUGCCGCAGCCCCGACCGCCGGGAGCUCGAACCCGAGCCGGGGCCGCCCGGGUGGCGCGGUGGCGGCGGCAGCGGCUGCGGCUGCAGCAGCUGCGACGGCUGCGGGGGCUGCUCCGGGGACUGCGGGGACGGCCGGGGGCUGGCAGCCGGCGGCGGGGCCGGAUGGCUCUGUGCGGGCAGGCGGCAGGCGCCGCGUCGCUGCCCAGCGAGCUGAUCGUGCACAUCUUCUCCUUCCUGCCCGCGCCUGACCGGCUGCGGGCCUCGGCUUCCUGCUCACACUGGCGCGAGUGCCUCUUCUACCCUGCUCUGUGGCCCCAGCUCCGCAUCUGCCUCCGCGUCUCCCCCGCGGAGCAGCCUCGGCUCGAAUUCCUCAUGCGCAAGUGCGGCUGGUUCGUGCGAGAGCUGCGUGUUGAGUUCGCCGCCGAGAAUUACCUGAGCGGUGGCGGCGGCCCAGGCGACGGAGGCGGCGCGGAUCCUGGGACUGGCGGGGAAGAAGUCGAGGCCCUGCAGCUCUCAACCCGUUGGCUGGAAGUGCUGCGCACCUACUUAGAGCUGGUGCUGUGCGUGCUGGUCAGCAUCCGGAACAACAGGAACCUCCAGAAGUUUAGCCUUUUUGGAGACAUAAGUGUUCUACAACAGCAAGGAAGUUUGUCAAAUACAUACCUCAGCAAGGUGGACCCUGAUGGCAAAAAAAUUAAACAAAUUCAGCAGCUGUUUGAAGAAAUACUGAGUAAUAGUAGGCAACUGAAAUGGCUGUCCUGUGGGUUUAUGCUGGAAAUAGUAACCCCAACCUCACUGUCAUCUCUCUCAAACUCUAUUGCCAACACCAUGGAGCACCUGAGUUUGCUGGACAACAAUAUUCCUGGUAACAGCACCCUGAUCACCACAGUCGAACUGGAGCGAUUUGUGAAUCUACGCUCACUUGCCCUGGAUUUCUGUGACUUUACAGCCGAGAUGGCAAGAGUCUUAACCGAUAGCAACCAUGUGCCUUUGCAGCGACUGUCUCUCCUGGUCCACAACGUUUCCGUGAUGCACAAGUCUCUGGACAACAUGCCAAAUGAUGAGCAUUGGAAAGCCUUGUCACGAAAGAGCACCAGCCUCCGGGUCUAUAUAAUGGCCUUUGAUAUCAAGAGUGAAGAUAUGUUAAAGAUUCUGAAACCCAGUAUACCACUAGAGAGGAUUCAUUUUGACAGCUACAUCACUUGUGUUUCAGGAGCUAUUGUUGAUCUUAUAUCCAGGCAGUAUGAUAAGUUCCUCACUCAUUUUAUAUUAAUGAAUGAUGUGAUUGACACGUCUGGUUUUCCAGAUCUUAGUGACAACCGAAAUGAAGAUCCAUUGGUUUUAUUAGCAUGGAGGUGCACAAAGCUCUCUCUUCUGGCAAUUCACGGUUAUACAGUGUGGGCACACAACCUCAUUGCCAUUGCUCGUCUUCGUGGCUCUGAUCUAAAAGUACUUGAAGUCACUGAAGAAAGCAUUGAUUUUGACCAAGGUGAACUGGCCGACCAGGAUGUGGAUCCAGUGCAUAACCUUAUUGAGCAGGUAUCCCUGGGCCUGGGUCAACCUUGGCACGCGGUCAUGGACAUCGAAUCACUCAGUGUCUUCACUGAACCAAAUCGUCAUUUUUACAGAGAGAUGCAAAGCUUCAGCGAAGACAUUUAGCUUUUUUUUUAAAAAUGUACAAUUCCUGUGGUUACAUAUGCAAGUAGGGUCCUAUUAUGUUUUUUUUCAGUAGUGUGAAUUAAUCCCUUUGUGCUGUGUUUAAUCAGUAUUAGCUUUAUAGAAUUAUAUAUGUAUAUUCUACUUCUUGAUCAAAGAACGUAGUCGGGUAUUGGUUUAGAAGUUCAAAGUGACAGUGUAUAGGGCUUUCACGGUUAAUGGACUUGUUAUCCAACCUUAAGGAUAUACAACCGAAGGUUGUCUGAGGUUGCUGGCUAACUUUAUUUUUCACUGAGUUACUCUGCCUUUUGAUGUUUUUAUUCUUUGUGUGUCAGAGUUCAGAGCUCAGGAGCCAAAAUAUUUUUAUACAUAUAUAGAUAUAUAUCCAUAGCCUGGUGGAUUUGUAUGCAAUGCACCGCAUUCAUGCAUUGUGACAGCAUUUCAUUAAUUCUUAUUUGAAAUGGAAGAAGGGAGGAUAGUAUGAUCCCAAAUGAGUUAUCUUUAACAGAAAAGCCAAGACUUUAACUUUCAUUACAUAUAUAAUAGUUGAUAUCACCAAUUACCAUUCAGAAUUUUGUAUAGUACUAGGUUAGAACACUGCUUAAUCCUUUUUUUUAAAAAAUGCAUUUACCUAAAUGUGAAUACUCAAAUUGUUAGACUUUUUAAAAACUAUAUCUGACAUAAUUUAUUCAUCAAUUACAUUAUACAUUCAAGUUAGCUUUUUAGCCCAGAUUUCAAAUAGUGGAGGAAGAAACUGUAUUCCAGGGUAAAACCUCCUAAAGCAAAAUCUUUAAAAAACAGAGCUGUAAACACACAUGCUUGCAAACAAACAUUAGUCGUGAAAUCCCUAGCAACGAGUCACUGGAUUUUUCUCUGUCAGCGCGCGUGUCAGCUGCCAAAGAAUAGACUUAACUGAAGAAGUGCCCACAUGCUGGCAGGGGCCGGCCCACUCUGGCCAGCCAGAUACUGCUAGAUUGUAAUAUUUAAGGUCGAAUUUCGACCUGUGGUACACAGCUGUGCUGUGGCUCAGUCAGCAACCUCAGAACUCUGAAAAAAACAAAACAAAAAAAAGAAAAAAAAACCAUGCACCUGUUUCACUGUGAAUAGUGAAUGUAAAGGAAAGAAAGGAAAAACUGAAAACUUGUUCUAUCACAGGUAUGAGCUGCUAUGAUACAUGAAGAACAUUCCAUGAAGUAUGUUUUAAAACCUUGUUAUAUCUGAGAGGCUUUAAAAGCCGAUUUAACUGUUUCAGGGCAACCGCGGUACAGACGUGGUCUCUGUGAGACUUCCACCUGACCCCAGUUUUAAGUGGUACGAAUGUUGUGCAUUUAAUGUUAAAGGACAGUCUGCAAUAAUAAAGUAAGUAGCCAACGUGGGUGCCCAGCAGUGCUGAGACCUGGCUGCUCUAUUGUAAGCUUUGGAAACACAAUUUAUGCAACAGAUGUCCAGAUAUGAUUCUAUUUAUGGAAAAAGUUUAUAUGUAUUUUACAAAUGGUUUUACCAUCUUAUAUUAAAAUGACCUUUUGACAGGUGUGCACUGUUUUGUCUCCAGUGAGCACAUACCAUGAGGAUUUUAUAUGUACAUCAGUAGUGUGAAUCCACUGGCACAGUGUGUGUAAAUGCCAGAUGUGGUGAGAUUUUAUCUUAUAAAUGUGAUCGGAUAAAAUAAAUCCUGACAGAAACUGUAAGGAAACCAGCUGAAUGUUUGACCUGAUGACUGAUGUUGUAUGGUUUAUGUUAAAUGUAUAUUCUUUUAAUCAACGAAUAAAGCAUUAAAAAGUGA